AUGAGCAAGAUUGCGAACAAGGGUGGAUUGAACACCACUCCUCCAAAAUCGAAUGAAGAGCUUCGUGGACUCACCAAAAGCGUACUUCUUAAGGGUCUGCCGGCGAACGCCAGAUAUGUUCUUUUCAAGAAAUCUCUUCCUUUAACUCCUAAAAGCCUCACCCUAUCAACUCGAUUUGGUCUAAAGAACGCUCUUCUUACUUUUUCCACUGAAGAGGAUUGCUCAAAGGCUUUCAACGCUUUGCAGUCAUAUACAUAUGGUGGCCAAAAGCCCUUGGUAGUUUUUGUUCGACCUCGUGCUACAGUUUCCAGAGUCGCCCCUGUCAAACUCGCUUCAAUUGAAUUCUGUCUCGAUGUUACAAACAUUCCCUUCUCCACUACCCUAGAUCGGCUGAAAACAAUCUUUCCUAGGGCUGAAACUAUACUUAUGCGUUGUCGAAGGGAUGGGAAAUUCAAGGGAUCAUGCAUAGCAGUCUUCAGAAGCCAAAGCGAUUUCGAUGAAGCCGAGGCAGUAUGUAGGGAUGAGACUAUAGAAGGAAGGAGGCUCCUCUGCAGUCGGGCAACGCCUGGAGACUACGACAAACUGUUGCAAGAGCUUACUCCAGGGCUAUCGAAAAGAGACAGAGAGGGCUUACAAAUAAAGCUCUUCAACCUACCCUACGGUGUUAAAGAAGAGGAGAUUAAAAAGACCUUCCCAAAAGCGCGGAACAUCUUUUUGCCCCACGACAAGGAAGGGAAGCCCACCGGCAUCGCCAUCUUAACCUUCAAGACGAAGGUCAUCUGUCAAGCCGCUCUCGCACGGGCACGAAACCUUAAGUUUCAAGGUCGACGACUGCGUGCAGAAAUUAACGGUGAAAAAGGCUUUCAUAUGUCUGCUCUAGAUCUAUCAGUGCCUAAGAAGGGUAAGAAGGAUCAUUUAGGGGAGAAGAAGUCCAGAUCAAGCAAAAGCCAGUCCACAAGGCUUCGUCGCGGAGGUGCACGAAACGUCCAGUCGGUUGAGAAGCCAAGGCUUAAUUUAUCCGAAGCACUGCCCACCUCACCGACUGGUGGAGAGGGCGAGAGGGGCGCGCUUGUUUACAAUAGUGAGGUGGACAGCUCCGCUACGGAAUGUCCAGUGCCGAUAGUGUCAGUUUAG